AUGACGAAUUCGGGGUUUGAAGGAGUUGAGAAGCGGUUGGAGAUCGUCUUCAAGAAACAGCCGGUGGACUGCAAGAUCGAGUACAACCUGCUUUCUCCAAGUGUUGAUACAUACCUUCUCUAUGCCUCUAGCUUGUUCGUGUUCGAUGACUGGGUGGUUAUUAAGACAUGCGGCCAAAUCCAGUUGCGGUCAAAUUCACCCGAGGAACCUAUAUCUGGCCAGAGCACCAACCCUUUCCCCACCAGAGUUUUGAAACAGAAGUAUUCAAGUUGCGCGAACUCUUGCCUCUCGAAGAUCCUUCGUUCAACGGUGGAGAUCUUGAUGACGAGUUUAGACAAAUCCAAGUCAUCCGUCUUCUUUCAAGAGAGCCUACGUGGACCCAUGAUCACCGCGUCUGGUAUAGACAGACUUUUUCCCGGAUCCAAAAUCUCAGACAUGGAGUUCCCGGGCUGUGGCUAUUCAAUGAAUGGUAUUGUCGGUGGUGGAUCUGUGUAUACGAUUCAUGUUGCUCCUGAAGAAGGGUUCAGCUUUGCCAGCUUUGAACUUUGUCAAUAUCAGCAUGAUGAUGUGGACCUCGGUUUAUUGGUGGAAUCCGUGGUCUUUUGCUUUGAUCCUGCUCACUUCACGGUUGCCGUCGUGGGCUCUUCUAAGUUUUCUGGAGAGUUGAUUCUCAAGAAUAGAGUUGUUCGAUGCAAAGAGAUCAAAGUUAGGUGCUUGGGGCACAGUUGA